GUACUAUGAGCGACGCAAGGUAUGCUUUUUCUGACUGGCAUGAGGCCAGAUAGCGUGUUUAUAGAAUGAGCUAACACGAUUUGCAGCAAUACCAACUGUCUCAACUCCAGAAAGAGUUGGAAAAAUUCAGUAACCAGGCUCGCUUCGUUCAAAUGAUCAUCGACGGCGAAUUGGUCAUCUCCAAGAAGAAGAAGGCCGUGCUUGUCAAUGAGUUGAAGGAGAAGGGGUUCAAGCCAUUCCCCAAGGUGCAGGAGGCUGUUAAGGCGGGAGAGGAUGAGCCUGCCGCCGAGGAUGAAGAGGGAGAUGAUAGCGAGAAUGUCCUCUCCAACGCCUACGACUACCUUUUGGGAAUGGCCAUCUGGUCUUUGACACAGGAACGUGUCGAAAAGCUCCGCCGCCAGAUUGGUGACAAGGAGAUGGAGAUCGACACUCUGAUCAAGUUGUCCAAGGAGGACAUCUGGAGAAAGGAUCUGGAGGAUUUCAUUGAAGAAUGGAGAUUCCAGCUUAUCGAUGAAGAUCGCCGUCAACGCAAGGUGGCCAGCCUGGGUCGUCGCCAGUCAACCAAGCUUAUGACAGGUGGCCGUGCUCCGGCUAAGAAGCGCAAGGCCGCGCUAGGUGACGACCCUGAUGAUGAAGACUUUGCCGCUCCCAAAUCUAAGAAGUCAGCCGCUGCAAAGAAAACCGAGCCCAAGAACGCCUUAUUGAGCUAUUUGAGCAAACCGGCAGCUAAACCGGCAUCGCCUGCUGGUGACGGUGGUGAUUCGGACGAUGACUUUGACCUUGAAGUACUGCCGAAGAAGAGUCGAGGAGCAUCGAAACCCGCAGCCAAGCCUGAACCCAAGGAAGAGGAUGACGAUGUGGUAAUGGACGACGUGGUAGAUGAGCCGGCACCUAAGAAGGGCCGUGCUGCAUCCAAACCUGCCGCCAAGAGCAAGUCGCCCAAGGACGAGGACGAAGACGAGGAUGAUGAUGACUUCGAAGUCGAAGAAGCUCCGCCCAAGAAGGGCCGCGCUGGAGCAAAGGCUGCUCCCAAAGCUGCUCCCAAGACCAAAGCUAAGGUCAAGGACGAGGACGACGAUGAUUUUGAAGUCGAAGAAGCCCCACCUAAGAAGGGCCGUGCAGCAGCCAAAGCUAAGCCCAAGCCCAAGGACGAUGACGAUGACCUCUCCGAUGAUGAUUUCAUGGAGAUCGCCAAGGCCGAAGCAGCCAAACAGCCCAGCCGUGCGAGCCGCAAACCAGUGAAAUACACGGCAUUGAGCGACUCGGACAGUGAUAACGGGGAUGAUCUGCUUGGCGAUGUCAGCAAUAUGGUCAAAGGCAUUGGUAGCAAAUCUGGUGAUGACUCCCGCCAACUCUUUUCUGAGCCGAUGCGGUCCGAAGGUGCUUCUGGUCUGAAGGCUAGCAGCAGCAAACCCUCGAAUCUUUCGAGUGAUUUUGAUGCGGACGAAACGGACUACAGUAAACUGCUGCCAUCUAAAUCGCCUCGUCGGUCAUUGCUAGUCAAGCCGAAGGAUACCAAGGCUCCCGAAAAUGAAGAAGAAGAAGAAGACGACGAGCCUGUGAAACCUGUCGCCUCCAGGGCAAAGCCCGCUGCAAAGGGCAAAGCAGCCACGGCUGCAGCCUCCAAGCCGGCUGCGAAGCCGCGGGGUCGCCCUAAGAAGGAUGCUGCUGCUCCCGCCAAGGCUGCUGCCUCCAGUGCCAUGUCUCCAGCGGCUAAAGCGUACGCAUCCAAGCAAGCUAAGGCUGGCGGCAAGAAGAAGGUCGCAGAUGAGUCAGAGGACGAUAUCGACGCCAUGGCCGACAAACUCCUAGACUCGGAUGAAGAGGAGGCACCGAAGCGCAAGCCGGCCGGUCGACCUGCUCGUCGGACAGCAGCGGCGAAGAAGACGUAUGUGAUUGACGAUGAUGAGAGCGAGGACAAUGGAGGCGAUUCGGCGGAUGACUUUGACGAUGAGAGCGAGUGAUUUCGGGAUUGUUGACCCGGCGCUGAGCGUCGCGUAGUCGCAAUACUUCUUUUGUGUUUUUAUUUUCUUUUUUAUGU